AUGAGCCUGGACCCCUCGGACGAAUACGGCUCGACGUAUGGUCGCCCAAGCUAUGCCCACGGCCCACCACCGCCCAACAACGUCGGCGCAUUCUACGGAAACCGAGGUAACCAACCCCCAGCAGGGUAUGCAGCAAGUCACGUAGGCGGUUUCGGCGCAAGUCCAUACGGAGCCGGCCAAAUGGUUCCCUACGGUGACUAUUCGAAUCCCUUCGCGCCCAUGCGCGGCGCCAACGGGCCCCCUCAAAAUGAUUACUACAACGAUCCCCGCGCACUCGGCCCACAUGGUCACCAGUCGGGUCCGGGUCCGCAGCACUACGGACACGGCAUGAUGGCCCCCUACAACCCCGCCGGAGCGGCGGCCUCCAUGUUUUACGGUGCUCACCAGGGCUAUGGUGGCAUGCCUCCACACAUGCAGAUGCACAUGUAUCAAGCACCCCCUCCACCGCCAACAGAAGUCAGCCCCAGACCGACGACACCCGCACCCGCCCCUCCUCCCAAGCCGGCCGAGCCAGACCCGGCUAUGCUCAAACUGCAAGCCGAACUGGAAGCCUUCAAGAAGGCCCAGAAAGAAAAGGAAGAAGCGGAAAAGCAAAGGGCACUGGAGGAAAAGAUCCGCCAAGACGCCGCAGAGGCCUACCGCCGGCAGAUGGAAGAGACUGAACGGCAGAGGAAGAAGGCCGAGGAGGAAGCCGCCGCGGCAAGGAGAAAGGCCGAGGAGGAGGCUGCCAGGCAAAAGAUGGAACACGAAAGGCAGCUUGCUCUCGCCAAGGCCGAAGCUGAAAAGGCGACGCUGGAAAGGUUGGAGAAGGAGCGAAGAGAGGCCGAGCAGAGGAGGAAGGAAGCCGAGGAGGAGCGCAAGAGGCUUGAGCGGGAGGCACGCGACAAGUUUGAGGCCGAGAUGAGAGCUGCUGAGGAGCGCAGAAGGCGCGAGGCGGAGGCUGCUGCUCUUGCUGAGGCUGAAGCCAAGGCCCGUGUGGAAAGAGCCAUCCGUGAGGAGCAGGAGAAGAUGGCGGCCAAGAUCAAGGCUGAGGAAGAGGCCAAGGCUGCUGCUGCUGCGAAGGCGGCCGAGGAGGCCAAGAAGCUCAAGGAGCUGGAAGAAGAGGCGAAGAAGGCUCUGGAAAGGGCCAUCAAGGAGCAGGAGGAGAAGCUCGCGGCUGCUGUCAAGGCGGAGCGCGAGAAGAUUGAGGCUGCUCAGAAGGCCGAGGAAGAGGCCAAAGCCGCGGCGGCGAAGAAGGCUGCCGAGGAGGAGGCCUGGAAGAAGAAGCUGGAGCAGGAGGCUCAGAUGAAGGCAGAGCUGGAGGCGAGAGAGAAGAUUGAGAAGGAGAGGCAGGCUGCCGAGGCGGCUGCUGCUGCCGCCGCCGCGGCGAAGGCCGCCGAGGAGGCCCUCAAGAAGAGGCUGAUGGAGGAGGCCAAGGUGAAGGUUGAGGAGGCUGUCAAGAAGAAGGAGAAGCCGCCCAUCAGGUUUAAGGAUGCUGUCGGGCGCAAGUUUAGCUUCCCCUUUCACCUUUGCGCCACUUGGACGGGCAUGGAGGAGUUGAUCAAGCAGGCCUUCCUUAACAUGGAGGUCAUUGGCCCUCACGUGCAGGAAGGGCACUACGACUUGAUCGGCCCCGACGGCGAAAUCAUCCUGCCUUCGGUCUGGGAGCGUGUCAUCCAGCCCGACUGGGCCGUCACGAUGCACAUGUGGCCCAUGGAGAAGCACCCCCUCCGCAUGCAGCACCCGGGUAUGCCGCCCCCGGGCAUGCAAAUGCCUGGCAUGCCCCCCGGAAUGGGCCGACCCCAACCCCAAGGUGGACACCACGGACAUGGGCACCGGCCCUCCAUGGGGAUACCAUUCCGGCCACUUUCCCGUCCGAACGGUGGACAAGGCGGACCACCGCCCCCUCCUCCGCCUCCGGGCGGCAUGCCAUGGCCGCCUGCCGGUGGCGGCAUGGGCGGCAUACCGAUGCCCGGUCAGGGACAACGUAUCAGGGUUCCAAUGCCCGGACCGAACGGCGCCGUUGUUGUGACGGCGGAUCCGCCAAAGGUGAAGAAGUCCAAGGGCGCGCCGACGACGGUGCUGGGGUGGAUGGCGGGCAAGCCGACCAAGAGCAGCGGGAAAAAGAAGAAAUAA